CGCAGAGCCCGGCUCCCCUCGGCGGCGGCGGGCGGAAGGCCGAGGGCGGCGGCGCCAUGCCCGGCCCGGCGGCGCCGGGGUCCGGCCCCGACCCCGAGGAGAGCUACGACUUCCUCUUCAAGCUGGUGCUCAUCGGGGACGCCAGCGUGGGCAAGACCUGCCUCGUACAGCGCUUCAAAACAGGGGCCUUUGCGGAGCGCCAGGGCAGCACCAUCGGCGUGGACUUCACCAUGAAGAGCCUGGAGAUCCAGGGCAAGCGGGUGAAGAUCUGGGACACAGCUGGCCAGGAGAGAUUCCGAACGAUCACACAGAGUUAUUACCGCAGCGCCAACGGAGCAAUCCUAGCCUAUGAUAUCAGCAAGAGAGGCUCCUUCCUGUCCAUUCCUCGCUGGAUCGAGGAUGUGAGAAAGUAUGCUGGUUCCAACAUUGUGCAGUUACUGAUUGGAAAUAAGUCUGACCUAAGUGACCUUCGAGAAGUUCAGCUGGAAGAAGCUCAGAGUCUGGCUGAACACUAUGAUAAUAUCAUCUGUGCCAUAGAGACCUCUGCAAAAGACUCCAGCAACGUGGAGGAGGCUUUUGUGAAGAUGGCUACAGAGCUCAUGAUGAGGCAUGGAGGCCCAAUGUUCAGUGAGAAGAAUACUGACAGCAUCAAGCUUGACAGCAAAGACGUUGUAGAAGGCUGGGGGUGUGGUUGCUGAUACGAGCUAGGUGAAAUCCCUGACUUUACUGGAAUUUAGAUGGUGCUUUACCCUAAUGCUGAGUAGCACAGUAGCCAUAUUCUCCUCCUCCUGUGAAACCAGCCAUUUUGUAGAAGUUAGUUAGACACAAUCCUGGUUGCUUUGGUGUUUGUUUUUUUUCUUUUUUUAAUAAGGGGACUUCUGAGAGGUAGUCCUGAAAGUUAGGCCCUUUGUAAAAACAUAAUCAGCAUUUUUCCCUGCCAUUUCCUUUUCUGUAACCAUCAUGCCAGGAACGACAUGGGAAAAGAAACUUUGAACUGGUGAUGCAGGGUAGGAGGCAGAUGGCUGGAAAAGACUGCCUCACAUCCAAAGUACUGAAGCACUUAGCAUGGAAUUGUUGGCAAAGGUUACUUCUAGAAUAGGCACGCUUGACAGCGUCUCUUCAAAUCCUCAGUGCUCCACAAGUGACCAGAAAGCCUAGAAGUGACAAGGAAUGUCUUUGAUAAAGGUAUUUCAGUUUCCAAAAUACCCAUAAUACAGGACCAAAUAGCAGUCAUCUGUCCAAGGGCAUGUGGAUUGCUAGCUAGUAAUGGAACAGGCCCAGGAAGGGCAGCCUUCUCUCAGGUUGGUUUUUUUUUUCCAUUUUCUUAAGUUAUCAUUUUAACAGAUAGCAAAAUCACCCUGAGCGAUAUCACGCUGAUAUCUGACUUGCUGUCAGGCAGGGUUGGACCAGUUCAGUCAUUUUAAAUAUAGUCUUGAGAAGAGGGAAAAUGUAUUGCAUUUGUUACUGUUUGCAGUGAUAACACCCUUUUACUAGUGAGUGUCAUGGAUUUUUUGCCCUCAGGUCUAUUAAUUUCAUUUGAAACUCAAGACCUGCACCACUGGAAACAGGAACUGGAGAAACCUUGAACUGAGUGGUAGCCAUCCCUUGCCACGUGCCUCACGGUCAUACACAGGGUUAAUUCUGGUCAUACAUUUGACAUAAUGUUACCAGAGUGUUUAUUGUUUAAGUGGUGUAAGUAGGAUUCGGUUGAUUUUUAACCAUCUUUUUUAAAUCUAAUCUGGGCAUGUAAUUAGAAAGAAGACUUCCACAUCAGCUGAGAACUGCAUGCAUUGCAGCUUUUUGGUUUUAAGAGUCUAGCAUCUUCAUGAGGGAUUGCCUCCCCCUUUGUAUUCCUCUGCUUCUCUCUCCCUGUCACUAAUUGCUGUUUAUUUCUUAAAAACAAUUAGCAGGGAAAAUCUUUUACUGUUGCUCAAAACUCACAUUAUGAAGUAAAAUAGAUUUCAUAAUCACAUAGUUGUCUUUCAGAUUCAGCUCUGUACUGCACGUUGUAGAUACAGUUGAAAUGCUGAUGGCAGCAGUCCUCCCUGGAUUUACACGUGAAGCACCUCACAAACUCAGAUUAGAAAAAGGAACAGAAGCAGGCUUAUCUUCAGAUCUGCACUUAAAGCAAAGGUGUUCAGAAGUGACAAAUGAUUUUUCCAAUCUAGAUAAUUUAAAGUAGCUCAUUUACAGAAAGCACCCACAUGAAGUGAAGUCACUUUGUUCCUUUUGAAAAUCUUGGAUCUUGACCAGGUGGAUUGGUUUGCUACCAAGGCUACACCUGUUUUCAGCCAUUCAGCAUAUCAGGUAUCAUGAAAGUCUGGAAGACUGAAGAAAGGGCUAUUAGAUCCUAAUUUCAGUGCUAUUCAUUUUCACACAGAAAAUAUUAAAUCAUUCCUUGGUCUUUC